AUGGGCGUGGGUGGACGGCAACGACGCGCCGCACCGCACCGUCGCACACAGGCGCGUGAAACGAUCGAGCGCAUCGUCCUCAACAUGUCGGCACCACGCGAUGGUGCGAAGAGUGGGCCUCGUCGUGUGCGUGAGGAACGUGCGCCGCGGAUCCCCCUCUCGAUGAUCGAUGCACCCACGCAGCGAUUUUACGCUGUGGUCUUCUUUGCCAGCGUCCAGCUAUGGAAGCUUUCUCGUAUAUGGUCUGCCUAUGGCUGGGGCUCUGUACCAGCCUCACGCGGAUGGCUAGACUGGUGCGACCCUAGCUCAUUGUUUGUUGCAUGUCUGCUUGAUUUUACUCUGUGCUACGGGUUGUAUUGGCUUGCCAUUCCCGGGCGCCGUCCCUCUAUGGCCCCAGCCGCUUCCACCGCCUCCUCUGCACGUCCUACGCGGCCAUGGACACUUUGGCACUACCUGGCUGUCUUUGCGGUACUCCUUUCUAUGGACAUUGCAUUGCUGGGGACGAGUGAGACUUGGUCCAUGUGGGCUGCGCUAUGGCCAGGCCCUGCCGCUUGGAGUGUGGGCGAGCGACGUGUACGUUGGCAGAAUACCAUUCAUCCACAAACGUAUAUCUCAGGCCAACACACCAUCCAUAUUGUGCCGCCAGGUACGGCACGUAUGGCGCCGGCCUCGUCGUGUAUGUGCAUCGGGCCUUCGUCGCCCGAGGUCCUCAUCCCCAUCCUCUUUAAUGAGACGGUCCCUGCUCAGAUUACCUAUGAAGUGCAGGAUUUUGUGAGUGGCGAAACCACUGAGCAUGUCGUCAAGCACCCCAAGACCAGCCCCAUGACCCAUACCGCACCGUCUGACACACAACCUGAUGUGCCUCGAGGCGCGCGUGCCAUGUCGUUAGCGGAGCGUAAACGUGCACGCAAAGCAGCCAAGCAACGCGCUAAGAAAAACAAGAAACAGAAAUCCCAGCUAUUAGAGACGGUGCACUAUCUGCGUGUAUCACAACAGGGCCGAGUGCGACUCGUGUCAGUGCUAGACAAGAACGGCCAUGCAGCACAGAUCAUGUCCGAGUCGAUGGAGUUGGUCGCUUGCCCUACGGCGCAUGUUGUGGCGUGGCCUACGGAUGCAUGUCCUCAUGAUGAGGGCAUGGCGAAAGUCUCGAUGCAAGGCACACCACCUCUGCACUUGGACUACGAAUGGACACACGAUGGCCAAACCACAAGUCGUACCCUCACGCACGAUGCGCCCUCCGCUCAUAACGCUACCAUUUCAUUGAACUUUGCACGGCCAGGUACGCAAGCAUUGCGCCUGCUUCGCAUUCGCGACGCGUGUGGAAACCAGGCCAAGUUGGAGUCAGAGGUCACCAUGCAAGUGCAUGCACGCGCGCAGGCCCGCUGGGAUGCAUCCCAAUGUGUACCUGGGCGACCUUUGAAGCUCUUGCGACAUGGCCCACCGCUGGAUCUACGUCUGCAUAUCACGCCGAUGGAAGCCCAGGCGCCGCGCAAUGCACUGCCCUCGCAAUGGGAGGCGCAUAUUGCGUAUGCCCCCGAUACAAAUGCGACCCUGCCUACACCUUUGUCAUCGAAAGACGCAUGGGACAAGCGCGUAUCCCUCGCACCUGGGGAACACCGGUGGCGUGUGACACAGCCAGGCACGUAUGCCUUGCAUGGCCUCACGUCAACGCACUGCCGUGGCGCCGUGCAGGCGCCAUGGACCUGUGAUGUGAUUGAUGUUCCCCCUCCGUCGGCUGUGAUCCACUUUGAGAGUAUUAAUGACCCAUGCGCAGGCACUGUGGGUGUGAAGGCGCUUUCUGUGCUGGAAGGUGAGCCGCCGUUCCGAUUGUCGUACGAGAUACAGCGUGCAGGCCAGGCACCUCAGCGUCAUGUACGCGUAGUACAGGCGCAGACGCGGGAUGAGCUCGAGUUCUGGCCGAAUACCGAGGGGGCAAUUACCUAUCGGUUCCUGUCUCUGGACGAUGCGAACUACCGCGGGGUUCCCCUGGAUGGCCCCACCUUUACGCAGCAUGUUCAUCCAAUGGCCACAGCUGAAUUUGUUGGUACGCAGCGUGGUGGCAAGGACAAGGACCUCGUGGUGAGCAGCUGUGGUAAGGCUGAUGCUGUAGCCGAUGUCCUCUUCAGUGGUACAGGGCCGUACGAGCUGACGUAUGCCAUUCGUGGUGCCGCCAAUGGGGCUGUGCAAGAGCACACUGUGACACAAGAUGUGGCAGGCCGUGUAAAGCUGCCUCUCGAAGUGCCAGCCGAUGUUCUUCAGCACCAUGGUCGAGCUACGGUCUCGCUGCUGCGCCUCCGUGAUGGAAAGGGGUGUGAGCGCCGUUUGGCGACGCGCGACUUGCGUAUCGAUGUGCACCAAUCGAAGGCAGCAAUUGCGUUUGCACGGACGCAUGCCGUCGUGCAUGAGCAUGAGACGGCGCACAUGCCUCUACGUCUCGAGGGCACAAGGCCAUGGCAGGUAACCUACAAGAUGAUCAGUGACGAUCCUGCACAGGCAGAAGAAGGUGUAGCUACGUUGCACGAUGCCAACGAAUCGCUCCUACUCCCUGGCCCAGGCAUCUAUGUCUUGACAAGUGUACGUGAUGCGUACUGCCAGGGCACAGUAUUGGCAGAGAACACGGCCGAGGUAGUGGUCCGACCACGUCCUCAUGCGUCGUUCGCUGGCCAAGUACAGACGAAUGGCAGUGUUUUGCUGCCGCCUGUUUGUCAAUCGACGCCGUACCAAGCCCUGUUGCACACAACCGGCCAACCGCCUGUGGAUGUGACAUACAUCCAUCGCUGGCCAGGCUCGUUGCAAGGGCCUGUUCAGGUGACAAAGCACUCGCUCUUGACGACAGAAGCCGAAGUGACUCUGACACUGGAUACCAGUGUGCCUGGGUGGCAUACCUACGAAUUGGUCGAGCUGGGCGAUGCCUAUUAUGGACGGACACACGCGGCUUCUACCUCGCGCCUCGAACAUGGAGUGUGGCCGCGCCCCUCUAUCAGUACUGUGAAGCAAACCAAACCUUUCAUGGCGUGUGUCGGCGGCGUCUUGGAAGCAGGACCAACAUGGCAGCUGCAGGGCACUCCGCCAUUUGUCGUAUCCGUGGUACUCAUGCCAACGCAAAUUGAAGGCAAUGCAAAACCAAUCCGCUUUACCCAACAAACCCGCUCUCACACGCUGCAAGUGCAGAUGAUGGAGCCGAUUGUAGCCUCCGGUCGAUGGGCCUUGCAUGUGGAGCGUGUUGAGGAUGCGUACUGCGUGCAAGAGCAGCCGGAUUUGACGGUGCCGAUUCAAGUCGUGGAAAGUGCAGGCGUCGUGCCUGCUACAGCGCGCACAGACUACUGUGUGGGCGAACGCAUCGACUUUAUCUUGCAAGGCACAUCGCCAUGGACAGUGCAAUACGCGUUCAACGGUAAGAUGUCGCAGCUGACAUCCCGUCAAGCUGAAUUUACGCGUAUGGCGGAUCGUCCUGGUGUGCUAGAGGUGCUAGGAGCUGUGCACGAAUCCAAUGCAUGCCGUCAUACCACUGAACCCUUGACAUGCAAGAUUCAUGCGCUGCCAAGUGCCCACGUCUCUGCGGGAGCCCAUACCAUUGAGUCGCUCCGGCAAGGCGGUCAGGCUGAAAUCGCGUUCCACUUGUCUGGCGAGCCUCCCUUUGCGUUUACCUAUCAGCGCACAGAGCCUGUGGACCUACAUAUGCGGCCCAAGGUCUUGGAGACACAUACCGUGGAUCAGUGGUACGAUAGGGAGUACCGCAUCCCUACCACGCAAGAGGGAACUUGGUCCGUCUUAUGGAUUCAGGACCGUUGGUGCCAAGUGUCGUUGGGCGAGACCAGCGGGCCGGCUACAUGGCCAAACGCUAUGGCGUAG